GGGGCCCGAAGGAGGGGCAGAGAUUUGGGUGUGCGCGUCUGAAUGUUUAUAAGGACUCUGACUGAAAACGGAUAGGCAGCGUGUUCAUUAGGAGUUCAGCAACAACAGCUGUAAGCUUUCUUAAGUUUUUAUUGGAUGUUAUUGCAGUUGGAUACAAGGGGAGAUUAAAGGUCUUGACUGAAGAGAGAGUGAACCAGUUCAUCGACCCAGUCAGCAAAUGCAAAGAAACAAAAAUCAACACCCUUAUAAAUACUGUGAAGAUACUUUCAUAUUAGUCGUAGUUUCACUCAUUGAUGCUAUAUUUACUUUCAUGAUAAAUUGAGGAACCAGAAGGGAAGCCAGCCCAGCAAGUCACUCCAGCAAGCCAGUACCAUUGGAGGAAGCCAAACCAGCAAGCCAGCCCUCUGGGAGGAAGCAAAGCCAGCAAGAUAGUCCCCUGGGAAGUCAUCCAGGAAGCCGGUCCAGUAAAUACUGUGAUUGCAGUGGUCCACAGAGAAACCAAAAAAGAUGAGAAAAAGCCAACGAUCCGUGGAGAAUAUCUGUCAAAAUUUAUUUUUAUUUUUUUCUAUGUUAUCGCAGAACUGCUCCUCUGAGCUACUAACCUCUGUUGACCCACCCAGUAAUCUACAGAUCAUAGAUCCUGGCUAUCUGGGCUACAUGCACAUACAGUGGGAAACUCCAGUCAGUCUUAGGUCUGUCCGGCAUUGUAUAGCACGAUACAAGCUACAGUAUCAAAAUCUGGAAACAGACAGGUGGAUGACUGUAAUAACUAAGCGAUUGUCAUACAACCAGGGGUUUGACCUUAAUAAGGACGUGAAAGUGAAGGUUCAAACACUAGUCAAAGGGAACUGCACAAGUGAAUCUGAACUACAGAGUGCAUGGACUGAAGCCACGUUUUCAUCCUUGUUGAAAGGAGAUCCAGACUCAAGUAUAGAAGAUUUUACCUGUGUCUACUAUAAAUGGGAAUAUAUGGAAUGCAGAUGGCAACCAGGAAAAAGUGUCCCUCAACACAUGGACUACACACUGUUUUACUGGCACAAUGGUCUGCCGCAAACGAUGCAGUGUAAACACUACCUGCAAACAAAAGGAAUGAAUACUGGCUGCCUUUUCCAGAGCUCUGAACUAGAGGAUUACACUAGUUUUAAUAUUUGUGUCAAUGGCUCCUUGAAAGAGGACUUAAUAAUGGCAAAGUACUUCACACUUGAGACCCACAACUUAGUUAAACCAGAUCCUCCUCAAAGAUUUAAUUUGAACGUGUCUCAGGCUGAUAAAAUUGAUAUGGAUUGGGAACUUCCUCCAGGAAUGGUGCCACCUCAGUGUUUAGAAUAUGAAGUUCAAAUUACAAGGGACUAUGAUCUGUGGAAGACAAAAUUAAUACAAGAUGAAAUGUCAUUCACCUUGCAUAAGUGGAAUCCAAAACAUAGUUACUGUUUCCGUAUAAGGAGCAAAGUAAAUAUUCUUUGCGCAGAUGAUGGAUUUUGGAGUGAGUGGAGCCCUUAUCAAUGUGUGAAAGCACUUGAGAGGACAACUGAAAUUGUACUUGGCAUCGCUGCUGCACUGAUUGGCUUUGUUCUUGGAAUGAUUUCAUUUAUACUACUUAGAAACAAAAGGCUGAAGAAAAAAGGCGUAGUUGUACCAUGCUCAGUAUAAAACUCCUUGGUGACAUCCACAGAAGCACUGAAGCUUGCAUUUGGCUACCACUUCUGACAUGUUCUCACUUUGAGCAGAGCAACAAAACCAACAGUGACAGUUGUGGAGAGACCCAUAAUCAAAAACAAAGCCAUGUGUAUUGUCAAAUAAACAGAAAAGAAAAAUAUCAGAUAAGAAAAACUUUGAGAGUUAAAGCUUACUUCUUUCUAUUUGCAACCUGCCCAGGCAAGCUGUACCUUGAUUUCAAUUUAAACUGAAUCGGAUUAUCUUUAUUUGUGCUGCAUCUUGCAUUCCUCAUGUUAGAGGAUAUUGUAUGAAAGGCAAUUGUCACUUUAAACAAGAGGAGCAAAAAUACUGCUAAAUACUAGCCAGGAAUACACAAUAACUAGUCCAGAGCAUCUAGGGUCUGACUCCUGAAUUAUAUACUUGGGGUUUCACAUGACUUCUUUCAUUUUGUGUACUUUAUACUGUUCUUCCAAAUUGAACAUAGGCAUUUAAUAGAAACAGUGAAAGCUAGAUAACUGACCUAUUUGUUCUUGAUGCAUGACUGGGCUUGUCAAAUUGGAUUUUAACAUUCCUUUUGUUAUUGUGCUCAAGCAGGGAUUAUGUUUUUUGGUGGGUGGUAGUUUGGAAUGCAGGAAUGUUCUGGAUGUGUUGAUUUCUGCAGAUGGUUUCAUUUGGACAUGUCUAAGUAUCUAAGUGUAUACUGGCUAAGAAUGUUUCAUCCAAUUUAUUGUUAGCCAAUGCAUAGGGUUCAAAAACAGGACAUUAAGUAACAUUUUUCUUUGUUUUAAGAUAUUGAAUGUUCAUUUUGAAAUGUAAUAUGCACAAUACACACUUUAUUAUAAUGUGCAUAUAGUACACUUUUGAAGUUUUAACACUGCGGUGGUGGUGCUGCGAUAACGUUGUCGCCUCACAGUAAGACGUUGCCCCAUUCGAUUCUCAGUUAGAG